AAAACAUUAACUUUUGCAAAAUAAAAGAAAAGGCGGAAAAAAUAAAUGCAAAAAAUUUAUAAAUAAGUUCACUCUAUCUCUUGGAAAAGGUCUCGCACUCUCAAGUAUAUAUGGCCAACAUGGCAAUCGAAAUUUUUGGUCAGUUAAACGAGGUAGGACUUCCAUAGUAGAAUGCAAGAGACUGGCAGAUAAGCUGCCGGAGACAACGGGACGGUUAGUAACGGAACAGACAGUUGUACGAAAAAUUAAAGAAAUUGGACGUUACUUAAGGGAUUUAAAUAUUAGUAAAAAUAGCCGAAAUUUCAAAGUUGAGAGAUUGUAUGCUAGGGAACGACGAGGGAUUGACGAGGGCGGAGGAAAGACUGACAAAUCAAUUGUACCGGGGAACUGGACAUACAAUAAUCAUCAAGGAGGAGUUAGGCGAGAACAUAGAAGAAAGUUUAGGAGAGACCACAACACGGACAAGGCUAUCAAACCCAGUAUGUACUUCAGUUCCCAUGUACGACGGUCCCACCACUUCAAACGAGGCAUCACUUGCCCGCCAAAUCGAACAGCUAAAGGAAGAACUAGCCGAAAUGAGAAGAAGUACAUAUCGCCAAAUCAAACAACUGAGAGCAGAACUAGCCUCAGUGCAAAUAAUUGAAGGCCAAGAAGUGUAUAAUUUAACCUAAGAAUGCAUUUCACUAUCAAUCAGGAACAGGAACAGGAACAUGA